AAGUGGGAUAGUUUUGUCGUAACUUCGCUAUUCCCAAGGCGGUCGUUGCUCGGUACAAAGACAGGCUCAUCACUUUGUUGUGGUCAAGUCAAACUGUACAAUGGCCGCAAGAUUCACCGAUUAUUCUGCUCCUAAGAAGUGCUAUACCGAGCUAUCCUAGUCUUUUUGUUGGUGCAUUUGUUCGUUUUGGGGUGUUUUUAAUCGCACUUCCCACUAUCGCGCACUCUGUGUGUUUUAAGCAGGGUAUGAAGUUCAUAAUUAACGUUAUUGUGUGAGCAGGAACCUGUAAAACCAUGGAUUCUGUGGAUAUUGGCACAGCUACCUCCAGAGGAGAUAGUAAACGGCGUAUCAACAAGAAGAAUAGAGAUUGGCACAAACGGCCCCACCUCAGGAAGACUGCCGCUCAGACACCAACUAUGCAAAGUGAAGAUAAGCGUGGACCAAAGAAGAUAGCAGAGAAGUGGGAGCAAAGCAAAGUGUGGCCUUCAUCAAAGAAGCCCCCACAGGAAGCACAACAGAGUCCACACAGGACAAAUGACAGCGGAAAUCCACUCAGGUUCACAUGCUCUCAAUGUAGGGACAACUUGGAAUAUCUUCCCAAAGACUUAGUGAGACACUUUGAGGCAAAACACAGAGGGAGCCCAGCAGUUUUCCCCUGUCACAUGUGCACUUUUAGCACACAUGAGUUCUCCUACCUUCAGGUUCAUCUAUUAAGCCACAAGGACACUUUUUCUAGUUGCAGCAUUUGUAAUGACAAUGUUUCACGCACAUGGCCUGAGUUCAGUGCACACCUGACUAAGUAUCACUGCCAAAAUGGCAAAUAUUCAUGUGAAAUUUGUCAGAAAUUCUCCACAGGGGAUGUUAGAGUAUUUUUAGGGCACAUGUAUGCACACCAUUUGGGCCUGGAAGGAGCUAAAGAUGAUCUGUCGCUGCACACUAAUGACAAGAACAAGUUUGGGCCUAAAACAACCACUCAAUCUUUACGGUGUCAGCACUGUGGCUAUGAGGCUUCUCAGAAAUUGUUGAUUUCUAAGCACAUUAAAGCUGUUCAUAUUUGCCCGAAUGGUAAUCAGAGGAAGAAGAAGAAGAAGGAGGUUCAUUCCAUAGCAAUAAAACCCAAUGACCCAAUCCCAAAUAUUAAGCCUAGAUUAACAAGAAGUGCAGUUAGGGAAAUGUGCUGGCUGACACAGGACUGCCUUUCUCUGCCAGGGAGAGAAUUCCUGGAUAAAUACUGCCAUCUGUCUGAUCCACAAACCACACUAGAGGAGACUCAACAGUUUUUGAUGAAAUCUGUCACCGGGGAAACCGGUGACCAGAAAUGGACCAAGGCUCUUAAAACUGUUUUGUCAAAUGUCCCUCAAGAUAUGAAUCUUCACCCGAAGACAGAGAAUGGCAUGCCGGACUCGUCGGAUCUUACUGUCCUGACAGUCAAGAACAAGAUAACUGUCGAUCAGAACGGUGCUACUUACGCCAAAAGGUUGCAAAUGAUGACAUCAUCAGAUAAGGAAACUGUUUCCCCUGAAAGUCCUGCUGAUGAUGCUUGUUGUGUAGGUGACCAAAAUGAAUGUCUGUCAAAUUUGAAUGCUCACACACCUUGUCCACAGGCAGAAACAAACCUAAAUAAUGACAUCUCAAUGCCAGCCCAGAAUGAGCCAUCCGAGUGUGUUCAAAUGCAAGAAAACAGAGAGAACUGGGAACUAAAGAUGGAUCAAGAAAUGGAGGAACAUGGUAAAAAACACGAGGAGCCAAUGCAUGAGGAUGGGAUUAAUAUCUCCGGCGAGCUGAAGUUGGCAAAUGAGAGAGAAGAGCAGACUUCCGUUCAUAAAUAUGUACAAAGAAAUAAGCGACGACAUCGAAGACGAAAAAGAAAGACCCGAUGUAAAAAAGCUGAUAAAAGAUCAUCGGGUUUAGCCUUAAAGAUAGUGUUGAAGAAGAAUCCAGUGAAGGAGAAGCAGUGGGUGUCGCAAAGCUCUUUGUCUCCAUCAGGAGGUGGUCCGACGAAUGACUGUCGUGUACUGCCUGGCUCUCUCACAUCAUUGGAGGAGAGGGGGCAGAUUCUUCAAAACACGCUGCUUACUGAAGUACCCCAGAAGAAAUGGACCAAAGCUUCCAUAACUGACCUGCAUGACCCCUCUGAAGCCAUCACUUCAAUUCCACGAUCAAAGGCAGGAGAAGAACUGACCCCCAGUUGUGAUGCGAAGCCAUUGGGGUCUAAAAAUAUGAACGGAAACCCGUCUCUCGUGCUCGAAGACUCGCCGUCUGCACGUCACGAAAUGCGUGAUGACGCAGAGAGGUCGCUGCAGUUUCUGGAAACAGAAGUUGACAAGAGCAGUUGUGCUGGUAGGACAAGUCAGUCAAAUGUGAGGGCUGCAGCCGUGACUGAAGUAGAGGUGUGCCCCAAGAAAAGACCCCGCCAAACAUCAGGCGAUGAGAUGAGUUCAGCCGUUGAUAGAGUGACUCCUCCUCGUAGCAGUUACACCAAGUAUUCCCCUGUUUCCCAAACUGUUACUACACCACUGGGUAAGAUAAACUCUGAAGAUGUCGCCCUCCCUGUCUCUUUGGAGCAGAGUGAGCACGGCGUUGAGGGGAUGAGAGACAGAGAAGUGGCGGCAGAUUCCUCCCCAGAGCUCCUCAGCAACGCCAACUUGCCCGCAGGGAAAGCUGUCCAACCGGAGGCCUCACCAGCCUCUGGGCAUCAGUGGCAGCUGGUCCCGAAAAACCUGGAGCGGACCCUGAAGUUAGUAGCCAUAAAUCCAUCUCAGUUGGUCAAGCGUCCUGCGGGAAACCAGCCUGUUGUGGUGCUCAAUCAUCCAGACGCUGACAUCCCCGAGGUGGCCAGGAUCAUGGAGGUCGUCAAUAGGUACAGAGGAGAGGUGCAGAGGGUCGUGCUGUCACGAAGAACUGUGAACGCGCUCUCAGCCACGAAUGGAGAGGUCCCUAAGACAAACGACCCAACAGAUGUCCGACACAAUUCCGCGGGGCAUGGUAAAAACUCUGUACAAGAGAGAUUUAUGUUGAAAUUGAAACUCCGUAGGUUGAGCAGGAAAAAGUACGAAGUAGUCGGUGCGGUCUCUCCCAGCAGGGAUGCUGCAACGAGGUUUCGUUGCUGGUAUUGUGGCAGGGUCUUUGUAAGUCAGGAAACGUGGAUGGUGCAUCAGCAGCGACAUCUGAUGGAGUGGAAAAGGCCAAACUGUGAAAACUCUUAAAUGUCUCACACACUGGAAAAAGAUAACUUUGCAAUACAACAAAACAAUGAUGGAACCAGUUAUUGCCAGCCUCCUCAGUUUUUUAAAGUCUUAAUUAUGAUUGGUAGGUUUUGAGGAGAAUGCAAACGUUAUCAGGCUUCCUGGAGGGUUCACAUUCUCAGGGUAAUUGAAACAUUUACCUGUUGUCUCUCUCCCAGUUUAGCUCGAUUAGUGCUCUUUGUAGAUCAGUGAUUAUUUGUAAAGCCGCAAGGACAUGGUAUUGAUAAUUUAGUUCUUGGUAUUUUGUCUACACAAUAGCUUUAUUUAACGUGAUUUAAGUACACUGUCGUCUGGAAACUUUUAUAGAACACUGUAAAAUGUAUAUAUUUGCCAUACCACCUGAGUUUCAUGAAUCAGUUUAUGUACGGGUAGGCUAAACAGCGUGGUAGCUAUCGUAUUUAUGUUUUUGGAAUGGGGCACAGAGACCCACAAGUUACUCAGAUAUACCAAAACUGUGUUUUAAAGAUAAAAAAAAAAAGAAAAAAAGAAGACAAUAAGCUGUUUUAUUCAACAUUUAUUUAUGACUCUUAGGUUUAGCCUUUAUAUGCUUUUCUUUAUGCUCUUUUUGGGCCAUUUGGAGAAUCAGUGUAUUUGUAACAUUUUUUGUAUAAACUCCAAAUUAUGUUGAAAUAUAGCAUUAUCUGUAAGAGGUAUAUUUUCAUGUGUACAUUCAGUGGAAGCAGAUAUCCCUAAAGACACGAUUAAUUUAAAAAGCUAAACCUUUGUUUUGUGAUGUCAAUGAAAUACUAGCGAUAUUAUGCCUUUUUAAAUCUGGAUUCAAGAGGCUUAGAUGAUUUGAUAAUUUUCCCCCUCUUUCUUGACUUGAAAAUAAUCGUAUAUUUUAAUUGCACUAUGGAAGGAGGAUUUAUAUUUCCCGAUUACCUCACCUUAUCAGGCCUAAGCCUUUGACAAUCUCAACUAGUGUCCUACUGUGGCUAAACAUUUCCUUAUGCAGCCAUGAUCCCUCAGUAUUUUCAGCAAGGGAAGUGUGUGAGUGUGUGAGUGAGUGAGAGGGACCAUUGGACAGAUGUACUUGUCCUGUAUACUGAUAUUGUGCAUCUAUCUCUAUUUCUGGAGCACACACUUAAGUGUCAGUAACUCACUGUACAUACACUUUUUUUCAAUUUAGAUAAAAGAUGUCUAAUUGUAUAUAGUCCAGAUAGAGGUACUGUAAAAUAUUACCUGAGAAUUUUCACCAAGUGCCGAGGAUUUUAUUAUUUUUUUUUGUUAUGCAACAAUUGUGCAUGAUUAUGAGAGCAUUACUUGUCGACCAGAAAAUAAAUGAACCAGUUUGUCAGUU